AUGUCAGGAAUAAAUCCAUUAAAAAGACCAUACGACAAUGAUGCCGAAGAACUGUCAAAAAUGCUCAAAAGGGUCAAGGAAAUGGAAAGGGAGGCUGCCCAGUUACUCGAAGAUGCCCAGUUACAGGGAGAUGAGAACCGAGGCCGUAGCCAGCCACGAUCCAGUGGAGGCCAUGGAGACCGUGAAGGAUCCCGAGGUGGAAUAUGCCACCUCAAUGGAAAUGUACAAGACGAUACUCAGUCUUUAGUACCCAUGCCAACGCCCGAUGGGACGCUUGGUUCUGGAAUGUCAAGAGUGAUUUCGCUCUCCUCACUGCCUAGUGGCAGAUCCUUAGAUAGAGCUACCACAGGAAACUUGGGCAAUGGAUACAUUGACCUUAGCACACCUGGCAGCAAUGAUCGUGUUGCUAGUUUCACAGGCAACGGUUUCGUUCCCUAUAGUGCAACCCAGGGCCAAUUCGGAAGUUUGAAUCAAACUACUACUGAAAUGGACGAGUAUAUCGACAAAAAAACUUCAUUCGAAGCUCGAACGGACUGGAUCCGAAAACAAAGGCCACAGUUUGCCGAGAUUUUGACACCAUGUAGAUGCGUGCUGCUUUUCAUCCAACACGUCCUACAUAUUCGAUAUUACCAACUGGGUCCAGACCAUGAGCGAAUUUCCCUCUAUGACGGAUCGAGUGAUGGAUUUUUGCGAGCUUUUUGGUCCAAAAGGAGAUUGCCAGAUGAGGAGAUCGCAGCGGCCCUUUUUGGGGACAACACAGCUGGCUUAAGCUUUACAGAUAUGAUGGCUCACCACACUUUGAGCAAAGUGCUUUGGUCAUUAUACGAAUUCCAGUCCUACCUAUAUGCACCGGUGCAAGGUGACCAAGCAGGAGAAUCGGGAAAUGAGACGGGUGACAGGAAUGCCCCCUUCCUCACGUGGGAUCCCAGCGUGGAACCCAACCUUGAAUCUUGGAUCAAUAGGCAUUCAAGCACAAAUACUAGCACACCAGGCACAAAGUCGGUUAGGAUAUUCAACAAGCCUUGCAUGUUGAUGGUGUGGGUUGAUACAGUGGCCAACGCUGUCACCAAUAUACCGAACACGCUCGACUUGCAUGUUGGUGCAUUCACCUGUGGGUCACUGGAAUACUAUAGUCAUUGCUAUGAGCAGCUUUAUAUGCUGAUGGCUAUGGUCACUAUUGAUAAGAAUGGACGUCAUCAUAUACAUGUUUGCGAACCUGGGCAGACCUGGACAUUGCAUGGCACUCACGAUGUGAAUACCAUUGAAUCAAUCUUGCCAGGCGAAUCCUGCUUCUUGUUGUAUGCCGAAUUUGAGGAAGACAUGAUCGAUGAUAUUCAGGAACGAAACCAGAAGAAGUCAUUCAGUGACUCUGAGUUGGCUAUCCAGGCGAGUUUCGAGAGGAUGGCCAGUGUCUAUUCACAAGUCAAGAUUCAGGCCGGGGUCAGCGAGAGCGCAGUCGCAGUCGCGGGCGUGCCCAUGGACAUGACCAUGGACAUGACCAUAGACAUGACAGUGGACAUGACUGGGGGCCAGAAAGGGCCAGAAGACAAUGAUUCAACCAACCAGACAGCACCUCACCAGUCUCAACCACUUUGUACACCACAGCGCUAG